AUGUCAAAAUGUCUUUUAACCUUCAUUCAUCUUUUUAUGCUCUUACUCAGUUUCUCCACUAUUUGCCUGGGAGUACUUUGCAUGACCACGAAUUCCUCCAUGUGCAGAUGUGGGAACAACAAGCUAGUGUUUUAUUGCCUGUUAGCUUUGGGGCUCUGUCUCCUUGUUACUGGCAUCUUCUGGAGCACUUUCCAUGAAGUCUUGAAAUACAGGGCCCUUGGCAUCUUCAUUCGAAAUCCCAGCCACAGAGAAUCAGAUGUCUGCACCAUAGACAGGCCUGACUUCUAUCCUCCUUCUUAUGAAGACAGCAUAGAUCCUGAAAAACUGAUUUCCCCACUGUCGGUUGCCUCCACACUGAAACAGUAAGUAUUCAUCAAUAUUCCUCCACCUCGUGCAGAAUUUGCCAGUGAAACAAAUGAGCAGGAACAGCCACCACCAUAUACAUUAUCUGUGGAGCAGCAGAAAGCAGCUGACCAAGACCCAAACCCCAGGGGGUUAAAUUCUCAUAUAUCCAUGCAAGAAAUCAAUUGCCAACAGGAUACUGACUUCCAAGCCUCAGGAAGAGCAACACCUGUCAAAACAUGAGAGACAUCCAGCCAGUAA